GUAGCAGUCAUUGUAGAACAGAGAAGAGCUAGUUCCAAAUAGUAGAAGCCAAUCUCGCUGCGCUGAAGAAUUGACAAGCGUACGUGCGUCGAGAUGGAAAGUUUGAGCAGCACAAGAAAUCAGGCUUCUGUGUCAUCGACUAUAUGGAUUGAUCAUUACGAUAAGCUCAGGUUUGAUGAAGCUCUUCAAAGUUCCAGCUUAGAUCUCCAAGGGACUGAUCUGAUGUGCCGACCAAGCUCCAUCUUCGAAACGAUCGAAGAUGAAUCGAUCGAAAUGUUGGCUCCGACUUUGAGUUUGAUGAGCAACAUAACACCCCCAGAGUUGAGUACCUUCUUGCAGCAACAAAGCUUUGGCGACAGUGAUGAAGGCCUCUCAGCUAUCUUUUCUAGCAGCAGAGUCACUCACAGAUUGUGCGACAGCGGGACGAUCUCUUCGGUGGAAUCCGCAAGCAAUAAUUCCUCCGAACUAUCCAAGUCAGGAAGGCCUGGUGCUAAAAGAAAACUUGAAGAUUAUGAGAAAACAGGAGGGUACCAAAUCAAUUUCAGCAAGAAUGAUCAAGGAGCAAGGAAACUGCAGAGAUCAGACAAGAGUAGUACUCCUACUCUAGUGCCCUGUAGCAUCAACUUCAGUCAGGAAAACUGCUACGAGAUCGACACCGAGGCUAUCGCGCAAGUGAAGGAGAUGAUCUACAGGGCCGCAGCUCUGAGGCCGAUUACCGGUAUUGGAGUGGAGGAACAAGGAGGCGAUCAGAGGCCAAAGAGGAAGAAUGUGAGGAUCUCGAGUGACCCACAGACAGUGGCAGCAAGGCACAGGAGGGAGAGAAUAAGUGAGAGGCUAAGGAUACUGCAAAACAUAGUCCCCGGAGGAAGCAAAAUGGACACGGCCACCAUGCUCGAUGAGGCCGCAAACUAUCUCAAGUUUCUCAAGUCUCAGAUCAAGGCCCUGGAAGCCCUGGGCAACUGAGCAAGCUUUCCCCAUGCAUGCAUGGCUCCUCCUGAUCCUGUAAGCUCUAAACUAAUGAUCUAAAUUUUACUUUUUUUUUAUCAUUAAUUG